UGAUGUCUUCAGUUUUGUCCGUCCGUGAUUAGCCACUCCUAUCUCGGCAAUACUUAAUUAGUUAUAAUUUCAUAAAUUUUGCCACAAGAAAUGUAGUUUUGUGAUCUCAAAAAGGAUUUUGUCAAAGUUUUAUGGCUUAAAUAUCCAAAGACAAGUAAACAAGUUAAAAUGACGGGACGCUCAGGCCGUGGUGUGUUUGGUAAGCUCUUCUCGAAGAAACAGUAUGCUAAAGAUGAGAGAGUUACAGAGAUCGGUAUGCCUACUAAUGUUAAACAACACAUUCACGUUAGCAUGAACUCUGAAACGGGAAUGUUAGAAGGGUUACCAUCAUCAUGGCUACGACAAUUAAAUGCCCAAAUAUCGCCUUCGGAACAGAAAGAGAAUCCGAAUGCAGCACUUCAGGCAGUUACGUUCCACAACUUUCAUGUUUUGAAAAAGGAACAGGCGGAAAACGAGCCAUGCAAACCCAUUGUUACAGAGGAGGCCAUUACAAAAGAGGAAUUAGAGAUGAAAAAAUUUUUAGCUAAGAAAAAUGCUCACCAAAGUCAGGAUUCAGAUAUUUCAAUAGGUCAAAGUAGUGAAGAAGAUAUUGCUCCAUCUGACACAUUCUCGCAGAGACAGACAAUGCCCGCUGCAACUACUAAGAAUAAUCUUAAAAAGAAAGAUGCAAUGAUGGAUUUAACUGCAAUAGUUGAGGAUCUAACAUUGAUUGGCGCUGAGCCCGAGGAGAGCCCCAUUCUUAGAAAAAAAGAGAUGAUGAAUGCAACUUUGUCUGAUGAAGAAAUAUAUGAAGAACUCAAAAGAAUUUGUAACAAAGAUGACCCGUAUGUACGUUUCCAAAGAAUCAAACAAGUAGGUGCUGGAGCUUCAGGAGUCGUGUUCAUCGCAAUAGACCACAAGGACAACUCAAGUGUCGCCAUUAAAGAUAUUGACCUGACGAAACAAACUAAAAAGGAUCUCAUACUUAAUGAAAUUAAUGUCUUGAAGGGUUUCAAUCACAAAAAUCUCGUCAAUUUCCUCGACGCAUUCCUUUGUUACGAUCAUCUUUGGGUCGCAAUGGAGUUACUAGACGGAGGAUCUUUAACUGAUGUGGUAACAGAAGUAGUUAUGAAAGAAGGUCAAAUCGCAGCGGUCUGCCGAGAGACACUACAAGCAAUAGCGUUUUUACAUUCCAAAGGCACCAUUCACAGGGACAUAAAAUCUGACAAUGUACUUCUUGGUAUGGACGGAGCCGUGAAAGUGACCGAUUUCGGUUUCUGUGCUAACAUUGUGGGUGAUGAAAAGCGCCAAACUAUGGUAGGUACACCCUACUGGAUGGCUCCUGAAGUGGUCACCCGUAAACAGUAUGGAAAGAAAGUGGAUGUGUGGUCGCUUGGAAUAAUGGCUAUUGAAAUGAUUGAAGGAGAACCUCCAUAUAUGAAAGAAUCUCCAUUGCGAGCUUUGUAUUUGAUCGCGGCCGUCGGGAGACCCAAGAUACCCAGAUGGGACAAAUUGUCGCCAGAAUUUCAAGACUUUUUGGACAAGUGUUUGCAAGUUGAUGCGGAUGAAAGAGCUACAGCGGACGAGCUGUUAACUCAUCCAUUCCUGAACUGUGCCAUGGAAUUAAGAACUUUAACACCUCUCAUUAAAGCAGCACAAAAGAUCCUUCACAAGAACUUCGACUGAAUGAAAAGGUAAAACUUAUUUCUAUCAACUUUUAAUUUAUGUACGUAAAUCUAACUGAGUUAAUUUUCCUUCAAACUGUUGAAAAUCUUUGCAAAAUUUUUGUCAAAUGUCAUCGUUUUUUGUGAAGAAAAUAACCUCGGUCGAAAGAGUAAGUGCCAACUUUAUAAUUAGGAUUUUUAUAAAAUGUUGAUUAACAGUAGUAAACAUCUUUAUAGAUGGUAUUAUAUGGAAUUAACUUCUACAAGAUGCGGUAUUGUAUACCAUUGCGUAACAUGAACAAAUUUUACUAAAAAUUUACGAAUAUAAGGAAGAUAAAUCUAAGAUCAAAAACCAUUGACUUUGAUACCAGCAAUAAAUAUACGAACUCUGUUCAGUAUUCGUAAUGAAAUCGCUAGAUAUGCAUUUUGGCAACACGCAAAGCGUGUUUUAACUCGGCUUAUCACCGUUCUAGUGUAGAUAGGGUUUUAUCAGCUACUGAUAUAGAUAUACAUAACACAUCACGCAUAACAUUCUCUGACGCGUAUGUGAAGGCUCUAUGUAUGUACAAUUCAAUGCCAUAUUGUGUUAAGUUUUAAGUUCGUUAAAGCUUGUCUAAUAAGCUUUAAAGUUACUUAACGGCUAUUAUAAAUUAUUCUGUCCAAGUAUUUACGAAUUUUAAUACAUAGGAUGUACAAAAAAAAAAACGCGUAUAGGCCAUCGUAUCUCGUAAAAUAUUGUCUAUUUUGAUAUUUUUAUAUUAACAAAUCUACAGUUUUUACAGAUAUCCAAUUUUUGUAAUGUUUUUUUACUGUGUAAUUAUAAUAUUAUCACAAAUAAGCACUAAUGUAUGAUUAUAUUGUCACGUUAUCUAACAUAGGCCCAAACGCACAUAUUUUCAUGAAGGCGAUGCAAUAUUCAAGUAAAACUCAUAUUAUUAUACUCAAUAAAAUAUAUUAAGAAGAAAAUAUCAUACGUUUGAUUCAAAUAACAAAAUACCGUUUAGUAUUAUAAGGAUUUAACUCCCACUACACGGUAAAUACUAAAUAGGUACUUGUUAAACAAAAGUAACGUGGGUGCAUAGGACGUCAAAAAGCAUCAAUCAGUACAAAGUAAACAUCUAUAAAACAUUUGAAAAUAUACUUUAUAUUUAACAAUUAAGGCCGAAAAUUCUCUUAUCGUAUAUCUGGAAUAAAUUAAACAAUUUGAAACGACUACAUAUGUAUAGAGAUACGUCGGUCUUUUGCUUACAAAAAUCGCUUGCUUUUGUACUGUUUAAGCUAGGAGCAGUUUAUAUCAAUUUACCAAAAAGCUGUACAUAGUUUGUUAAGUUAGUUAUAAUAUGAUCACAUGUGGCAUUUUGUAUCUAUAAGGUAAAAUCAUAGUUUAUAAUGUAAUUUUAUAUUGCAAAAACUGCAAAACUUCCCGACUGUAUCAAAGAAAUCAAUAAGACGCUAAAUAUAAGCUUUCUCUUUCCAAUUCUUAUGAAACUUGGACAUUUCUUUACAUUCCUUUUCUUGCAUACUAUUUGAAACGACCAAAAUGUUUUAAUUUGAUGUUUUUAAACCCUGCUUCUAGAUUUAAGGUUUAAUUAAGACUGUAAUGACAUUAUGCUCACAUUCUAUAACUAUGACUGUUCAUAUAUAAAAUAAAAUUGUAAUGUUACAAUAAAAUUUUGUAUUAUGCCUUGUAUUAGUUGUAUCUAUUUCUACUCUCUGUAUAAAUACGCGAGCUUUGUUUAAAAUGGCAAUUGCAACGAAUUGAAUUUAAAAAAACUAUUGUAUAUUAGGCGCCAAAUUGUUAUUUGCUUGUUUUUAAUAUUGGAAUAUCGUGCAAUAGAUAUUUUGAAAACAAAAUUGUUCUAAAAUAUUUCCUUUAUUUUUAACAUAAUGUGAUUAAGUGUCAAAGAAAAUAGCGGCCAUUUUGUUUAGUUGUUAAAAAAACUAAUAUAUAUUAGCAAUUAUUAUAAAAAAUAUUACAAGAUACUUUUAUUUUAGUAUUAUUUUGUAUUAUUUUAUGAUAUAAGCAGUCGCCAUAUGUGGAAUCACGUAAAAAAUAUCAAAUAUUGACGGAUUAUAAUGGAAUUGGUGACACUACCAUAAUACCCUCCACCAAGAGUGCCUGCUUUACGUUAAUUAUAACUGUAUUAAUAGUAGAUUAAAUGCAUUUUGUCGCACAACGAAAAAUUGUGGUAUUGUAUUUAAGCUAGAUCGCUGUAGUCAUAAGUUUAUAUACACCAAUGACACUUUUUGAACAUUUUAUUACUAGAGAUUUGCCUAUUAAAUUAUUUUUGUAAAAGUU